AUGGAAGGUCUGAUUCCAAUGGUGUACAAGGCAAUGAAGAGGAACAGAACUCGCCGCCAAUACAGCAGCCUCUCAUCAUCAUUAUCAUCAUCAGCAUCAGCAGCUCAAACUAAUUACAACAUCGCCGACUUCCACAUUGAUCCUAAUCAAACUAAUUACGUCUAUGUGCCACCACCUCCUCCUGCUGCUGCUUCAACUCCUCAUGAUCAUCAUCGUCGUCUAAGUCUCGACACCAUAUUUAAUGUAAACAACAAUGGUGGCUUUUCUACAGUAUCUGCCCCCGUGGAGCACAAGUCAUCAUCGUCCACAAACAACAUAAUCAAUGGUCAAGUAAUUCAACACCGACGACACAAAUCUGUUUCUGUUUCUGUUUCUGCUCCUCCAAAGCAACUUGUCCGGUUUCGGAGCCAUCGAAGAAUCUUCUCAUGCAUGACUUGUGGUGUGGUGCCUAGCUAA